AUGCGCCACCGCGACGCACAGAGGCUCUGUCUCUUGCCCAUCGCCUGGUUUGCCCUCUUCUUCGGCGGUAUCGCUAAUGCUAGCAUUGGAGACCGACUGCCCGACUUCAGGGAAUGCGUGAGAGUACGUCGACAAUGAUCGUUCCACAGACGAGGGGAAAGAGAGGAUGUUGAUCCGUCCAGGAAUGCGAACAAGUCAGCUGUGGUGAAAAUGGGAUACACAUCCGUACGCGACAAGCAGUACCACAACACGGUCAUACACUCGAACUGAUCCUGUCUACUAGCUCUCCAACACCGUCUGCUUCUCUGGACAUGCCCACAGGAAUGCGACUACUCCUGCCAACACAUCAUAACCGAAUCUCGCCUGGCGCGAGAGCCCCCUUAUCUCGAACCCAUCGUCCAAUUCCACGGCAAAUGGCCUUUCCACCGCUUCCUCGGGAUGCAAGAGCCCUUCUCUGUCCUCUUCUCCCUCCUCAACUUCCUCGCCCACGCCAACGGAGUAGUCAAAGUCCGCGAACAGAUCCCCAGCCGCUAUCCGUUGAGAAAAUUCUACGUCGCGUUCGGAUACUUUGGAUUCGCGAGUUGGAUCUUCAGUAUGAUGUUCCAUACCAGAGAUUUCAACGUGACCGAGAAGUUGGACUACUUCGCCGCGGGCGCGAGUGUGAUGUAUGGGAUGUACUAUUCUCCGAUCCGGAUCUUCCGAUUGGACCGCUCGGACAACGCGAAUGGAAAGUCGGGGACGGUGCUGAGGUUAUGGACGUUGAUUUGCUGCGUCUUGUACCUCUGCCACAUCUUCUACCUGACGUUUGUGCGAUUCGACUACACCUACAACAUGGCCGCGAAUGUAGCGUUGGGCUUGGUGCAGAAUGUGCUUUGGACGUGGUUCUCGAUACAGAGGUACAGGAAAGUUGGGAGAUUAUGGGCCGCAUGGCCGGGCUUGAUCGUCUUUUGGCUGAUAUUUGCAAUGAGCUUGGAGUUGUUUGAUUUUCCGCCGUGGUGGGGAAUGGUGGACGCGCAUGCUCUAUGGCACCUGGGAACAGUAGGGCCAACAAUCUGGUGGUACAAGUAAGUUCGCUCCUCCUCUUGGGAAAGCUUCGCGGAUGCUAAUGGCGACUGUAGUUUCCUUGUCAAGGACGCGAUCGAAGACAUCCAAAGCGACCGUCUGAAGCAGUAG